AUGGAUUCCGAACGCUACAAUGAAGCAGAAGAGAGGAAGUCGCUGGACAGCAUCAACAAGGACAAUGUCUCUAUCACACAGACCGGCUUCAUCACCACUCUCGAUGCCAAGAAGGAAAGAGCAGUGGUAUGGAAGCUAGACUUGCAUCUCCUGCCUCUUCUCGCUGUCAUGUAUCUCUUCAACUCUCUGGACAAGUCCAACAUGGGCAAUGCCAAAACUGCCGGUCUGGCCAAGGAUCUCGGUCUCAAGGGUCACCAAUACAACCUCAUCUUGUCGAUCUUCUACGUGCCGUACGUGCUCACUGCACCCUUCCUCGCUGCAUUGGGAAAGAAGUAUGGUCCCAGCAGAGUCUUGCCGUGCAUGAUGUUCGGCUUUGGUACCUGCACACUUCUUGUCGUCGCUGUGCAGAACUUCGGAGGUCUCAUGGCGAUUCGCUGGUUUUUGGGUAUGUGCGAGAGUGCCUUCUUCCCUCUCGUCAUCUAUUACCAAACAAUGUUCUAUCGUAGAGGCGAACUUGCCCGUAGACUCGCCAUCUUUUACGCCGCACAAUCUAUCGCCAGUGCUUUCUCUGGCCUCCUCUCAUUCGGUGUCUUCCACAUCCAUGGCGGUGCUUUGAAGAACUGGCGCUACCUGUUUAUCAUUGAGGGAGCUGCCACUAUGAUUGUCUCGGUCAUCGCUUUCUGGUACCUACCUCUCUCGGCUGCCGAUGCCCAUUUCUUGACUCCCGAGGAGAGAGAAAUUGCCGUCCACCGUAUCCAAGUUGACAGUUCGUCUGUCGUCAACGAGGAGUUCAAGCUGGGCAGAGCUCUUACCAUCUUCAAACAUCCCAGUACAUGGGCUUUCUUGCUUAUUGAAAUUUGCUUGGGUGUACCUUUGCAGGGUGUCCAGCUCUUCCUCCCUCAAAUUGUGCAGCGAUUGGGUUAUGGAACCAUCAAGACUAAUCUUUACACCGUCGCUCCCAAUAUCACCGGCGCAGUCAUGUUGCUCAUUCUGGGUUUCUCUUCUGAUCUCACUCGUUGGAGGUUCCCCUUCAUCGCUCUUGGAUUCUUCUUCACCUUCUGUGGUUUCAUCAUCUAUGCAGCUAUUGACGUUAAGCAUUCGUUGACUGUAGCUUACUUUGCUACUUUCAUGAUGACCUGGGGAACAUCAGCACCUUCGGUCCUUCUCGACGUCUGGUACUGCAACAACAUCGCAGACGAAAACAAGAGAGCUGUUCUGACUUCCAUCGCCGUGCCGAUGGCCAACAUUAUGGGUGUUUUGGCGUCGAACAUUUUCCUGCCGCAGCAAGCGCCGAAGUACAUGACUGCCCUUGUUACCACUGCUACUUUUGGUGGUACUGGUAUCGUGUUGACUCUCUUGCUUGGUCUGUGGAUGAUCUACGAUAACCGUCGUCGCGACAGAGCGCAAGGUGUCAAUCUGAGAGCUGCCGACGUGCCGACUGAGAAAUUGGGCGAUGGACCUGCUGCUGAUGAGUUCAGAUGGUUCUACUAG